ACCGGCAAACCCUUCACCGUGCCCAUCACGGCGGCGGCGGCCGGCGCGGCGGCCGGGGGCGGCCUCCAGGACCUGGACGACGUCUUGAAGACCACCAAGAUCAUCAUCGGCUGCUUCGUGGCCAUCACCUUCAUGGCCGCCGUCAUGCUGGUGGCCUUCUACAAGCUCCGCAAGCAGCACCAGCGCCACAAGCACCGCGGCGGCCCCGCGCGCGCCGUGGAGAUCGUCAACGUCGAGGACGAGCUGGCCGGCGGCCCCGCCGGGGGCGGAG